GCCUUGAUACCAUUGAGAGAGUGAGGCGGCGGUAGUGAGAGUAGUAGCUAGUGAAAGAGUCAGAUAUAUAAAUAAACAGAUAGAUAGAUAACUUUAGAUAGAUAGAUAACUUUAGAUAGAUAGAUAUCAUAGCAUAAAUAGAUAGUGAGAGAUAGCAAGAUAGCAUAGCAUAACAGAUAGCUUAGAGAAAGAUUAGAUAAUAAAUAGACAACAUGGUUUAUUACUGUGUUUGUGGCGGGUGCAAGAACUCCAGCAAAACUGGACAUAGGGUCCAUUGUUUCCCCAAGGACAAAGGGAUCUUCCGAAGCUGGGUGCAAUUUGUCAAGAUUAGGCGGGCAGAUUUUUCAGCUAGCUCUGUCACCGCCUACUCGAGAAUAUGCAGCGCGCAUUUCAAGGAGGAGGAUUACAACUCGGGGGAUGCCAAGAUGGUCGCACUUUCUUUAAAAAGUAAGAGGAUGGCUAAGUUAAUUCCUACCGACGUGCCGUCUGUGAAUGCAAACCUCUCUGCUUGUCCUGUCCCGAGGUCGAGAGACACCGUCUGCCGCAAGCGAUAUAUUGCCACGAUGAUGACAGAUACCUCACAGCAGGAGACCGUGGACAGUGUAGACACUGUGGAGAGUGUCGAUACUGGGGAUCAGCCCUUGCCCUCCUCCACUUCUGACGCUGUGACACAGUGUUAUUUGAAGCCCCCCCGAUGGUCUCGCGCUGUGCAGGUUAACCUGAAGCCCAAGAUGGUCAGCGUGGGCACACAGACGUCUUUUAGCCCACAAACCUCCACUCCCCUCGCUAGUCCUGAACAGACAGAUGAUGAAGAUGAUGAUAAUAAUGCCUCUGUCGUUAGUGACUUAUCGUGGGUGCCCGAAGAGCCGAUGCAUGAAGAGGACUUGUUUGAUGAGGAGCCACCUUACACGUGUGACCCCCACCACAAUGGCAUUGACAAAUUCAUUGUUUGCCAAGAGGAGCUGAUGGGCCUUUUUGCCAUCUGUCCGGCCUGUUGUGAGAGGUCAGAUAGUAGCAUCGUGCAGCAGGAAGGAACUUUUGUUAAGAUCAAGCAGGUCUGUGCAUCAUGUGGCUACCACCGUUUCUGGCAAAACCAACCAAUGCUCCACAGGAACAUGCCGACCUGCAACCUCCUGUUAAGUGGGGCCAUUCAUUUCACUGGAUGUUUGGCCACCCAAACAUUAAGAAUGUUGGCUCUGUUUGGCCUGCAGUGCAUCAGUGCGAGCAGUUUCUUUCGCCAUCAGCGCCGCUACACCAUCCCUGUAAUCGUUCAGGCCUGGCAAAACGAUCAAGCUAAGAAUUUUAGUGACCUACGGGCAAUGGAUGGCGGGCUAGUUCUUGCUGGUGACUGCAGGUCAGAUUCUCCUGGGCACUGCGCGAAGUAUGGAUCCUACUCUCUGAUAGAGGACAGAGUGAACAAGGUGGUGGAUGUUCAGCUUGUUCAGAGCUCAGAGGUCCCCAACAGCUCAUGGUGUGAGCUUGAAGGGCUCAAGCGCAGUGUUGACCUGCUGAGGGGAAAGGACCUGCAUUUGGCAACGCUGAUCACGGACCGUCAUCGCCAGGUUGCCAAAUGGGUGAGAGAGGAGCUGAGCCCUGAAGGGACACGGCAUUAUUUUGAUGUGUGGCACAUUGCCAAAAGUCUGGGGAAGGCAUUGGAUGCAGCUUCAAAAGAGUGUGACCAACUGCAGUUGUGGAGGCCUGCUAUAGUGAAUCACCUCUAUUGGACUGCAGCCUCAACCCCAGAUGGCAACCCAGCGGUCAUGGAGGCCAAAUGGAGAAGUUUAGUCAACCACAUCCAGGACAUUCAUGACCAUGACACGCCUGCCUUCUCCAGUUGUGCCCAUGGCCCUCUAGAUGGGGAUCAGCGCAACAAAGAGUGGUUGGACCCAGGCUCAUUGGCAGCAGUAAAGUUGGAGAACAUAAUCAUGAGGACUGCCUUACUGAAAGAUGUUCGACAGCUGUCUCCACAGCACCAGACCUUCUCCCUUGAGGCUUACCACUCCCUCAUCUUGCACUUCGCGCCCAAGCACACAGGGUUUUCAUACCUUGGGAUGUAUAGCAGGCUUCUCUUAGCGGCGCUGCAUUAUAAUCACAAUGCCAACCGCGAGACAGCACGGAGAAGUGAUGGGACGGAGAAGUACUGCGUGCGGUAUCCGCGCUUCAGAAAAGGUGCCCAUGUGGUGCUUCCCAUCAAAGAGGCAGCCUCAUACGGUUAUGCAACAUCUUUAAUGAAGGCCCUUCGGGAAAGCUACACCCAUUCACCUGCAGCUCUUCGAGAGGUUAGCGCCAAUUUGUCCUCCGAUGCACCCGCCCCCAUCGCCAAAUCCUUCGAACAGGUUCCUAAGGAGGCCGUCAGCCUCUACCUAGCCCGGCAGUCACGCUACAAAAAAAAACUAAUUUCAUAUUAUUUUUUUUCCACAGACAAGUCCAAUGAUUUAGUUGUAAGUAUUUAUUUUAGUUGUUAGUUAUCUUUCCUUCCCUCUGUCCCUGUCAUCUCAUUUGGUGGUGGUUUCCUGCAUGCUGCAUGGUUUGUUUUUUCUUUGUGUGCUGUUGCUUUGGUUUUACUUUGCACAAAAUCAUUACUUUUUUCCGUCUUUGUAAGUGGCAAUAAUUGUCGCUGUACCCCAUUCAAGGGGUCCUGCAUGCUGCAUGUCUGCUCCUCUGUCUGUUUUUUGCAUGAAAUUUGUUGUAUGUAAUUCAAAAUAAUUUACCUGUGCCUUGUCAACCUCUAUGUGCGGUGUUGUCUGGGCUCACUGUGUGUCUGCUUGAUGUGCUUUUGUGUGUGUGUGUGUGUGUGUGUGUGUGUGUGUGUGUGUGUGUGUGAGAGAGAGAGUGUGUGAGAGAGUGUGAGAGAGUGUGUGAGAGGGUGUGUGAGAGAGAAACAAAAGAAACUGUGCAAAUGUUUCAGGUCAGUAAUCUUCGUCCUUGUUCAGUAAAUGUUCAGUAACCGUUACAAGCAAUGCCAAUAAACUGUGUUUUCUUAUCAAAAUUCAUGUGUUCUGUGUACUUUAUAACAUUUUAAGGGCAAUUGGGGGAUCACAACAGAAUAAGCAAUUAUUUUUAUUCAUUUUCAUCCAAACGAGGCCAUUGAAAGCCCUGAUAGGUCUGGUCACCACUUUGAAAUUGUUGUCUGAUGGUUGAAACCACACAAGAGGGUAGAGGCUUCCUUAUACUCCUGCCUAAAAUUCCAUAAGCCCAGCGUAUAGCCUGCCUGUACGCAGUGUACCGGUAUU